AUGACUGAAAACAUCCGGAUCAAUGUUGAGUAUCACAGCGUUCCAGAUGGUGGAGCGACCAUGGCUUAUCAGUUCAUUCCGUGGGCGGCCGCGUCAGUGAUGUCGAUCAACCAAAUCUUGGCGCCCUUUACAGUUGAUGAGAUCGAGGAAAUCGUCAUCAAUGGAACCCGUGUCCGGCACGAUGUGGAUUUCGAUGGCAGGCGAACCUUUGUCAGACAAUUCGCGUUGAUCCCGAUAAACUAUGAUGUUCAUAUCUACCUUGACGUUUAUGUGGCAGAUGAGCGGAACGUUGACGAAGACGACGAUGACGACGAUGAUGAAGGGAACAUCGGAGAAGUUUAUCGCGGAUAUGCUAUGCAGAUCUUCGUGAAGACCAUGACGGGCGAGACCAUCGCUAUGGAUGUGGAAGCAUCAGACACCAUCGACAACGUGAAGACCAAGAUCGAGGAAAAAUAUGGCAUCCAACGCGACGUUCAGACGUGGAAGGUUCAAUCUGAUACUAUGGAUGCAUCUGGUGAUUUAUUGGACGUCCUGCUUCGCAACGACAGCGAGGGCGAGACUGAUAUGGAGGAGGCGAUCAUGAUCCGCUGGGGCGCCGUGGUCGCUGGUUCGUUCUGGUAUGGCGACAUGGCUAACGAUGCAGACCAUUGUGAGCAAUGGACGGGGAGGACAUACAGCGAUGGGCAGACGGCACAGAUGGGGUCGAGCGUCAGCCCUGUGAUGUCAUAUCCUGCUCUUCUGUUGUUCCUUCCUUCAAAUUUGUUUUUCUGGUUAAACGGGUUCGUGGGCGUUCAUUUUGUGGUGGUUGCGGUGGUUGUGGCGGUGGCGCGUUUCCGCUUGAACUUGACGAACCGCCUUCUUGAAAAUUUGGCUGUGGUGGUGGCGGUGUUUUCGGUGAUGGUCUGGGUCUUGCUUUUGUUCUCGGCUCUGUUGGUCGCUGUGGUAUUGGACGUGGUAUUGGUGGUAAUUCUGCUAGCGUAG